CAGAUUUGCUAUAAAGUGCCACCCUUGACCUGUGAGAAAUCACCUUUCGUCGGACGGGGCAAGGAAGAGACACGGCAACUAUAAAAUAAACUGAUACAAGUGACAAACGGACGAAGAAAGCAAUGCUGUCCAAUCCUCUGUUUGCCAUCUUGGUAGUGGCAACAUUACAGACAACUUAUGCUGUAACUUGUCCAUACGAUGAUUCCGAUCUUGGAUCAUGGCCAGCUGACGCGGCGACCGGUACUCUGGUCAAAAUUUCCACAAAAGUACUUCUGGACAAGACUCUCACUGAAGAAUUUGCAGGUAUAGAGAUAGAAAACGGCGGAGCAUUGGUGUUUGCGCCAAACAUUGCUGACGGGAUUGUCCUUAGAACAUCCUAUAUCCUUAUCAAAGACGGUGGACGUAUGGAUAUAGGAGCUGAUGGAUGUCGAUAUGAAGGUUCAUUAAACAUUCAGCUGCUCGGCGAGCGGACCACAACUAUCAAUAUCCCGAGUUUCGGUGACAAGUUCAUAGGGGUCGAAAGUGGAGGUCAUCUAAAUAUAUGGGGAACAGAGCAGGUUGCCUGGACCUCUUUGACAAGCACCCUGCAGAAGAUGCCAGACACAGGAUUUGCGUUUGCAAAACAGGUAACACAGGAUGACGCAAUACAAGGCUUCAUUACAUACCAGUUUAACCCCGCACAGGACAGUUUUACUGAUGCCGAUGUAAAUGAAAAGGUUUACAAUUUUAAAACAAGUUCACAAGAUAAAUUCAGCAGAACUGUGGACACACUGAAAGCUGACCUCGAUGCGGUUCCUGACCAGUAUGUGGUCAUUGCGGCCAUACGAAAGUCCUUGAUGGCGGAAAACGAUGUGAAGGACUUCGAGCCGUUAUACAAAGUUAUAGAGGAUUUUUUACAGUUGGACGAAGGAAAAUCUAAACUCCGUACGCUGGAAUUUUACGAUGGCUAUGUCAUGCUUAUGAAGAAAGGUGGUUCAUACCCAGCGAUUGAGGAAACAAGCGAUUACAGACUGAACGGACUGCACCAGGAGUGUGAACUCAUCAAGUUUGAUGGGGAUCUUAAAUUUUACGCCAAAAGUUAUACUAGAAUUAAAGCUCACGGACAAUCCUAUAUAGAGGUCGAGGCUACCCUGCGAGAAUACUCCGAGCCAACCAUCGCAGUUGCUAAACACUCUUUUAAAGCAGAUGACAGUAUAGUUAUAGCACCAACGGGCAGUGAUCCAGAGGAACACGAGUACGCGACAGUCACGGAAGUAAUUGAUUCCACCCAUGUUAAGAUCGACUUGACCGUCCGGCACGAGCACAAGUGUGAAACCGACAAGGGCGUAUUCAAAUGUGCUGAAGUGGCACUUCUUAAUAGAAACGUUCAUGUAGAGGGAAUAACAUUUGGUGAUGAUCUCUACGGAGGUAACAUUAAGUGCUUGGCUGGUUUUGGAAGCUGUAAUUUUGUUGACUUUGAACUGUCUCUAAUGGGCCAACAAUUUCCUCUAGGACGUUACCCGAUACAUUUUCACCUGGGAGAUGUUGUAACAGGUAAUGGACUUGUUAAAUCUUUAUCCAUCCACGACACGUACGCCCGCUGUGUAACGGUCCACCGCACAAACAACCUCAUUGUUACAGGCAACAUCUGUGUGAAGUUUCUUGGUCAUGGGUAUUUCUUGGAAGACGGAGACGAGAUUGGUAACACUUUUACAGAUAACCUCGCCUUGCUGCCAAUCAAGCCGAAUAAUGAAGACAAUACUUUUCUGAUUCCGUCAGACAAAAAGCCGAGUGGUUUUUUCAUUACCCAUCCCAACAAUAAAUUUGAGGGUAACCAUGCAGUAGGAUCUGAGGGACAUGGCUUUUAUUUGGUAUUUCCGGAAUCACCAACUGGCAACGCAGCCCCGCUGAAUAAUCUUGUAGCAGGGGAGGCAAGCAGAACCAACAUCGCUCUAUUUACUAAGAACACAGCUCACUCAAACUUAAUGGAUGGCGUGCGUUUCGAUGACUACCUUGACAGUACAGGAGAAGUUAAGUCAGGCAGUGGUUACAACGCCCGUGUCGACCCAAAAGACAGCUCAUCAGCAUUAGUCUUAACGGAGCUCAGCUGUAUCACUUCCUAUAAUAAUGGGGAAAGCAAUGUACACGUCAGAACGGCCAAGGCAUCAUUGACGAAUAUCGCUGUCGCAAAGGCCAAAAGGGGGAUUACACUGUUGAGAGGAAUAAACAAUGAGCGGUUUGAACAGACAGUAAAGAAUUGUGUUAUCCUAGGUGAUCGUGAAAGCGCUGACGAAGCUGUGGACGAGGAUGACACCGAUUAUAGAGUUGGGUUGGAAUUUACCGGACCAGUAUCUUUGUCACAACUUUAUUUUAAUGAUUUCUACAAAACUACCGUUUACCGUUCUGGGGCCAUCGGUUUUAAUGAUGGAAACCGCCAUUCAAUAAUAGGAAAUGAAAUAGGAGACGAUGUUUAUUUCGGCUUCACUGACGCCACUGAUGGUAAUCGAGUGCUUCCGCCUGAUGUAGCAGAGGAUGGAGACGGAAACCGUGCUGAAUCGUUUAUUGAUGCUGGUGAUGUUACAGAUUCAAACUCGCCCUUAACAGUCUUGAGAAGUUUUGACUUCCAAACAACAGACAAAUGCUACAGAAGAGAGAACUGGGACUAUUCAGUCUGUGACGAAGAGUAUCAAAUGGUGAGCAUCAACACUGCCGCUACAAUCGCGAGAGUUGACAAUGAAGCUAAUUAUGUGUAUCUACCAGGAGGCGUCUUACCGUCCAGUACUCCAUUCAACGCUAUUGUCGACAAGCAGCAAUAUCAUUAUCUAUUUCGCUUUGAUAAUAAUGAUUUUUCCUCGUCAGUAAAUGUAAAAUUGAUCGGAGGUAACAACGGAAAUAAAGUAUUUGGUUGCUGUGUUCCACCGGGAGCCGAGACUCGAGUGCAAUAUAGCUCCGCAGAACGGUUCACUGCUGUCGGUUCUUACAGCGAUUUGGCCACCAGUACUGAAAAGAAUUAUUUUCUCGAUAAGACAGCAGGGGUUUUGUUUUUCAAUGUUCUUGGACAGGAUAACAAUGAUGCUUGUUCAAGUGACUUCGACACAACAGGGGUAUGCCGUACUGUCAAGGUUAAAGUGACAAACAGCGUUACAGGAAUUAAUGAUUGCUUCGCGGAUGCCGAACAGUACACACCACCAUCACCAGCGGCAAAGAGAGGACUAGUUGAUCAUGAUCAUAAGACAAUGACAAUAGCAGAGAAGAGAUUAUUGAAACUCAUUGCGAAACUUGCCCGGGGUGAAUCCGAAAGUUCCCGUUCCAAGAAGACCGCUCUAAAGCGCACACUAAGCAGGAGGAGUGUGGAGGAUCCUGACAGAGUCUUUGCGGCAUAUACUGGUGCUGUACCUGCUGGUUAUGGUACAUGUUCUGCUACAAGGAAGUGAAUCCCAAAUGUGUACGCUAAAACCCUCCAGAAUGACCCACCUAUCGACUUUUCAUCCAAUGUGAUCAACGCCGUUUGAAGUUUUAAGUGAUUAUAUAGCCUUUAUUAUUGUCAAAUUAUUAAUAUAUUCAUCGAUACGAUUACGUUUGGACUGUAAUACAUGUUAAUAUAGUGUUGUUUCCAAAGUAGUGUUAUCUGUUUUGACUGCUUAAAAUAUUUAAAAUGAUUAUAGUAAAAAAAAACGGUACAUAUUACAUGAUACGUAACAGCAAGAUCCUUUAUUCUUUAUAUUUUUGAACUUUGACUGCAGAGAUAUGUUAAUUUGUCAAAAUUGUGUAUGAACACCACAUAUGAAAAGAUUUGAUUAACGUUAGUAAAUCAUAGUUAAUUCAAAUAUGCCGGGUGUUUUAUAUAUCAACCAGGUCAUCACUAUAUACCUUUAACGUGUGAGGAUAGCAUAUAAACCCAUUCCUUGUUUUAUAUGAAUUGUAUACCCGUAUAUAACCAAUGUCCCUUUCGUUGAAAAAUAAAGUUAGACAAUGAUCCAAACUAACGCACUCAGUCUUGCCAAAACAACCCCACUGUUUAAAUAAUGCAUUUAUUUUUAUUUUAAAUAUCCAUUGUUGAUAUUUUUUACCAUACUUUUGUUUUAAAUCAUUCUUAACAAAAAAUUGACUGGGUAUUGCAAAUUUGCAAAAAAAAAAUUAUAUAUAUUGUCAACAACAUUGAAAGUAAAGCUUAGUAAUUAAUUGUAUAUCUUAUUUAUAGUUGUAUAUGCGUAUAUUAUUGCAAUAAAGUAUUGAUAUUUUG